AUGGCCUCCUCCGCCUCCUUGCUCCACCCUUCCACGCUCGCCCCAGCCUCCUCGCGGCUCCUACCGCGUCGCGGGCUCGCCCCGCCGCUGCUCGGCCUCCGCUCCAGCCCCCGCCGUCCGCGCGGCGUCUCGCUGACCGUCGGCGCCGCCGCGUCGCCGGACGUGGAGAAGGAGCCCUCGCCUUCGUCCCCUCAGCCGCUGGAUGAAUCCUCCGACCUAUCGGCCGUGGCGGAGUGCGUGAAGGUGCUCAAGGAGGCGGCCAAGACGAGGAAGGCGCCGGCCGCGGAGGUGCUGGCGGCGCUGGCCAAGAUCAAGAAGGCCAAGCUCGACACCUCCGCCUUCCUCGAGACGCUCGGCGGGACCGAGUCGCCGGGCAGGACGUGGAUGCUCAUCUUCACCGGCCAGGGUAGUAAGCUCGAGAAAGGCAGCUACUUCCCGGUGACCGCCGUCCAGCGCUUCGACGCCGCGGGCCAGAGGAUCGAGAACGGCGUGUACCUGGGCCCGGUGGGGAGCCUGACCUUCGAGGGGAGGCUGUCGUGGAAGAAGAAGAUCCUGGCCUUUGUCUUCGAGCGGAUCCGCGUCAAGGUCGGUCCGCUGCCCUCCCUGGAGAUCCCCUUCGGCGGCGGCGACACGAGCAGGGAGCCGAGCACUAAGGACCCCUUCUUCUUGUGGUUCUACGUGGACGAGGAGAUCGCCGUGGCGCAGGGCAAGGGCGGCGGCACCGCCUUCUGGUGCCGAUGCAAGCGCGUCCCGGCAUGA